GGACUGACUGAUGUAGCAAGAAGCGAUAAGGAGGCAUGGGGUGAGGCUUCUUGUUAAUACGAGGGAAAGAUAAAAGGCGAAAUCCCCCAGAGGAAACACAGGAGCAACAAGAAGGGAAGAUAGAUUUAUUCAGGGGUGCAGAUGUCACAUCGGGCGAAGGCGGGAGAUGAAGAGAGAAAAGACGAAGAGCAGAAAACAAACCACAUGGAGAUAAAGAGAGAAACAGGAGAGACUAGGCAGAGGGCCCGGACAUUGUUAACGAGCUUAACGAGAGAGAAGACCAGCAGGAGGGCGUGGACCUGACUUAAAGGAGAGAGCGAAAGGAGAGAGGAGGAAAAAAAAAGAAGACAAGAGGAACAUACAAAGCAAAGCAGGGGCCUCCUGGAAAAGAAACAAAGCCUCACACUUCCUCUGAGUGUGUGAGGUUGCCCUCUGUGUGCUUUUUACUGUACGAGUGUGAGAGCAGGUGGGACUUUGAUGGGACAGUGAGCAAUGCCUCACACGCAGCGACAGCAGGUUGGCAGUAGGGGGCAGUGCUCCUCUUGCCUCCUCCCCUUCCUCCUCCUCCUCCUCCUCCUCUCCCUUGCUGCCCAGCCCAGCCGAGCAGCCAUACACAUACCCUCCAACUACCACAUAAGUGAUCUCAAGAGGCCUCCAAUGAUCACCACACAGCCGGAGUCUGUCACGGUCUUUAGCAUUGAAGACCUCGUCAUGAACUGUGAAGCCACCGGCAACCCUCCACCCAUUUUCCGAUGGACGAAGGAUGGAGAGGAGUUUGACCCAGGCAGGGACCCAGAGCUAAAGGUGACUGAGCGCUCUGGUUCAUUCGCAUUCUACACUCUCAGUAAUACUAUGGAGACUCUGAAGCAGUACCAAGGCAAAUAUGUCUGCUACGCAUCCAACGAGCUGGGGACAGCCGUCUCUAACGAGGCCAUACUCAACACUGAUGUUCCCCCGUCCCAGCAGAAGGAAAAAAAGGUUAAUGUGAGGUCUGAAGAGGGAAGCAGUAUUGUUCUGAAGUGUAACCCUCCGCAGAGCUCUAUGGAGCCUAUCAUUCACUGGAUGGACUGGAGGCUACACCAUAUCGUGCUGAGUGAGCGUGUGGUAGUGGGGAAGGAUGGCAACCUAUACUUUGCCCAUUUGACAACGGAGGACAGCAGGGAUGACUACACCUGCAAUGUCCAGUACCUGGCGACACGUACCAUUCUUGCAAAGGAACCCAUCACUCUGACUGUAAACCCCUCCAACUCCGUACUGCGGAACAGGAGGCCCCACAUGAUGAGACCUACUGGAAGCCGCAGCACUUACCAUGCCCUCAGGGGCCAGACCGUGGAGCUUGAGUGCAUCGUCCAAGGCCUUCCAACUCCCAAAGUCACGUGGCUGAGGAAGGACGGUGAGAUGUCAGAAUCACGGACCGUUAAAGACAUGUUCGACCGGCGCCUGCGCUUUACUAAUAUCUCAGAGAGCGAUGGGGGCGAGUACCAGUGUACAGCUGAGAACUCCCAAGGGAAAGCCACACACACUUACAUUGUGGCUGUAGAAGUGACCUCUGAUCGAAAUGGCCUGCCUACAUUUUGCAACCCAUCACUGUAA